GGCUUGUCUGGGGUGUGGACUUGAAAAGAGGGCAGGGUAAAAGUGGGCGGAUGGGUAGUUUCUAGUGUUUGUGCAUUUAGACUCCGAGUCUGAAAUUAGUAUCCUUGAGAGCAGCAGGAAUUAGACUUGAAGAGACAAUCAGCGACCUAACACACUGCCAACAUGCUGAUCCUCCUCGGUGCCAUCUUUGCCCUUCACAUCAUAGGCAUCGUCCUGCUCCUGGUGGCGACUAUUGACAAUGCCUGGUGGGUAACUGACGACAUAUACACUGAUGUUUGGGGCCGAUGGAUUAUGACAAAUAAUGUGUGGAACCUCACAGACCUUCCCUCAACCUACCCAUCCAAUUACCUCCAGGCAGUGCAGGCCAGCUCGGUCCUCGCCUGCAUAUUCUCCAUCCUGGGAAUCUUCGUGUUCCUGGCUCAGCUUUUCACCCUACCAAAGGGACAUAGGUUCACCAUCUCUGGUAUAUUUCAGCUGCUUGCCUGCCUGUGCAUCAUGAUCGCAGCCUCCAUCUACACAGACCGCUUCCACCUCGAUGAGCGCAACGGUUGGUACGGCCACUGCUACAUCCUGGCAUGGAUCGCCUUCGCCCUCACGUUCUUCUCCUGCAUCACUUACUUCGUGCUACGUAAGAAGACCGCAUGAGAGGGACACUAGAGUUUGCUCCAGCCAGCCCCAAAAUCUUUGGCAGGAUCUGCUCUUUCAGCUGAAAUCUGUUUGUGUCAGAUUUGAGCUGCUAGUGUAGAUAAACGCUGAUCCUCUCAAAUGCAUACCGGUGUUUAAUUGAGUCUGCUUUCAGAUAAUCAGGGUUUUAGAAUUUGUGAUUAUUUCUGCGGUAAACGGCAGACUCAGUCAAUCACAUUUGUAUUUGGGUUUAUUUUUUAACUGGGCUGGAUUUUUUGAGGGCAUCUAAGGAUUAAAAAUAUUUUGUUAACUGAAAGUAAAAGGCCUUUGUGUUUAUAAGAUGCUAUGAUAAAUUAAGAUCUAUCGAUAUUCCUGGCUUUGAAGAAAAGCAGGUUGAAGAGUAAAAUCUGUGGUCUUUUUAUUUCUGUAUUUUUUUUUGCAAUGUACAUUUACACAUGAUAGAUUGUUAGAUUAAAAGGGGAGAGAUUUGGAUUUUUGUUUAUUAUUUUUUUGCAAUAUUUUAUUCUUAGUUCAUCUGUUUUAUUUCGUCUAUCGGCUCUGGUUUUACUUCGUAUAAUAUGCCACUAAAUAAACAGUGUAAUUACAAUGUGAUGGCUUCGUAUGUUAAAGCUGGGCCUGUUUAAAGUCUUCAAAUUCUUUCUUAUUUCUGUGUAAUCUCAUAAGAUUGUACUAUGAUAAAAACUGACCAACGAUAACACAAUAUAGUUCAUUUUGUAAUAUUUUUUGUGAGGAAGACACCAAACCAAGCCAAAUAAUUUACAUAGUUGGAGGAAACCUAAAGCAGAAUGUCCUGCUUCAUGUAUCCUCAAAGAAACUGUCUUACGCAGAGCGGUAGAAAGGCAACAGCCUCGACUCCUGAAGCAUGAGAUGUAACAUGUAAAUAUGAUUUGUUCCCCACAAUUCUCUGUAUGUCUGAAACUGUUUUAUUUUUGUUACUAUUAUGUGUCAUUUUGAAUGACAAUGAAAAGGAUUUUUACAAUAUUAAAACUUGAUUUUCAAUCAGUC